AUGCAGCCUGCACGUCUUACCAACAACUUCGAAUCGGCGACUCCUCUUGCUUCUUCAGACCAUGGACCAGCCCUGACGCGUUCCUCUAAAGCACGGAAACCGGAUGACUUCCUUUCGGACGACGCGACAGCAGCUUUUAUUCGACGGACGCUAUGCUCCGGCAAAGAGCUCCUCGGGCCUUCGGAGAAGGGCAGAGGCACACCGAGGCCCAUAGAGGAGGUGCUCCCACCUUUGACCAGCUCUAAUGCCGUCGACAUGCAGCUGUAUGCCAUCAUAUCGGUUAUCAUAAAGGAGUUCGUGCAGACAUGGUACUCGAAGAUCACACCAGACCAAGUGUUUGUGAACGAGGUGAUGCAGAUUAUCGCACAUUGUACACGCGCUCUGGAGCAGCGACUUCGGAAGGUUGACCUAGAAGCCUUGUGUUUCGAUGAGAUACCAGGUCUCUUGGAAGACCACCUCAAAGCGUUCCGUAUUGCACAGGAACAGACGAGCGGUCCCCAGUCUCUAGUCUCUGAUCCUCGUGUCGUCUACCACGCCUUGCACCCGCACCCUGCGCUUUCGCCUGUUCCCUCCGAAUCCAUACCCUCCAGCGUGCUUGAGCAACGUGAAAACGAAUCCGUGUGGCGUCAAAUGCUGGUUCAGGGGUUGUUAGCUGUCCUGCUGCCCACCGAGGACCUGGAAAAUGGUUGCUUGCGAGCCCUUGUCGUUGAAAUCUUCGCCGAGAUGAUUUUGGGCAAUGGUAUCAGCGGCAAGGCCUGUGAGGGGUGGCUUCUGUGGGAAGGCAUCACGAAGGUCGCCGAGGUGCUGCAGCCGCCUCCCGAAGGUCAAGAGAAAGAGGAGCUGCCGCAGAACUCUCUCGAUCGCUAUGGCUUGUUGUCCGCACCGGUUCCUGAUCCAGCUGACCCCAGGCCUUCGUCACGGAAGGAGAUGCAACACGGGAUCACUUCUGUCGUUCCGACCGACGUUUUCUGGACCAUCCUUCAAUAUGCCAUUUUGGCGUUCACAUGGUUUCGUACCGUGGUCCUCGCUGCAGUAAGGUCCUCUGCCCUGCCAGUUCGAUCUUCCCCAGGAAUUGGCAUCGCUGCUAAACGGCCCAUGCUGAGCAUGAGGUUGUGGAGCUGCGUAUCGCAGCUUGUUGAGCUGGAGAGACGCAUGCCUUGGCUAUCCGGGUUCGCGUCAUUGCUGCACUGGCUCGCGCUGGCCGGGCCCGGAAGGGUGGGUGGUAUUGAUGGCGUAUUGGACAGGUGA